AACAAUGUUUCAAUGCUGCACUCAGUGUGGAUGUAGGGGAGAUAUUAUGAGGCCGGUGUCAUUAGGCGAUUGCUGUUUGAAUGAUUGAAUGAUUUUUUUUUCUUUUUUUUUUUUUUUUUCUUUCUCUUGUGAUUCUCUCUUGUACUGCGGUCAUUCCAUGGUGUUCCGAUCUCCUCUAGAGCUCUAUCCCACCCACUUCUUCCUGCCAAACUUCAGCGAGCGCUCCCUGCUCCUGGCCGGCGGCAGCGGCAGCGGUGGAGGUGGCGGCGGCGGAGGAGGCGGCGGCGUGCGGGCGCCCGAAGAGCUGUCAAUGUUCCAGCUGCCCACUCUCAACUUCUCCCCGGAGCAAGUGGCCAGCGUGUGCGAGACGCUGGAGGAGACCGGGGACAUCGAGAGGCUGGGGCGCUUCCUGUGGUCCCUGCCCGUGGCCCCCGGGGCGUGCGAGGCCAUCAACAAGCAUGAGUCCAUCCUGAGAGCCCGGGCCGUGGUGGCCUUCCACACCGGCAACUUCAGGGACCUCUACCACAUCCUGGAGAACCACAAGUUCACCAAGGACUCCCACGGGAAGCUGCAGGCCAUGUGGCUGGAAGCCCACUACCAGGAGGCCGAGAAGCUCCGGGGCCGCCCCCUAGGACCCGUUGAUAAGUACAGGGUGAGGAAGAAGUUCCCCCUGCCCAGGACCAUCUGGGACGGAGAGCAGAAAACCCAUUGCUUCAAGGAGAGGACUCGCAGCCUGCUGAGGGAGUGGUACCUGCAGGACCCCUACCCCAACCCCAGCAAGAAAAGGGAACUGGCCCAGGCCACCGGGCUCACCCCCACCCAGGUGGGCAACUGGUUCAAGAACCGGAGGCAAAGGGACAGAGCAGCGGCUGCCAAGAACAGGCUUCAGCACCAGUCUAUUGGACAAAGUGGCAUGCGGUCGUUGGCAGAUCCGGGUUGCCCUACACACAGCUCGGCAGAGUCACCCUCCACAGCGGCUGCCAGUCCGACCACCAGUGUGUCCAGCCUGGCAGAGCGAGCCGAGACUGGCACCUCCAUCCUGUCAGUCACCUCCAGCGACUCAGAAUGUGAUGUAUGAUAGCUAGGCAGACCCACUCAUGCCAGACCUAGAAGGGACUGAUUAUGGACCUUGAACUUCCAGGGACUGUCACACAACAACUAGAGGACGUAAAAAAAAAGGUGACACCUAGACUUCUAUGGACAAGCACGACGUCAAUUUGCGCUUAUUAUGGACGCAUGACCACUUGCAUGAAUCAUUUGUAUGUGGGGACUUUAUUCUAAACCUCUCCGUUCCAAAAAAACAAACAAAAAAACAAAACAAAAAAACAACAAACCUACCCAGGAUCUCCAGGAAGAGGAAACACUCAUAUCUCCACCUCUUCUCAGUUUUUUCCUUUUUGUUAUUUAUUUUUUUGUCGAUUUAUCUCCUCUGUCUGUCAAAAAUGGUCACUCCAGAUGCAAACCAUUUCUGUAUUUUUUUUUUUCAUUGUUAUUUUUUUUUGUCUUUUUUUGUUGUUGUCCAGCUGACAAUCAUUUUUUUAUUCGUAAGCACCUUUUUUUCUACACCUCUGUCACUGCCUGUGUGGGUUUACUGGUUAAUGUGGAAAAGAAUAGUUUAUGACUGUAACAGAUUUUUAUUUUUAUUUCAAGAUUUUAUAUGAAUUAUGUAUAUCUCAAUGAUGAGGCCGUGUUCCCAGUUGUAAUAUAUGUGUAGAAAUGCUUGUAUAUAAUAUUUCUAAUUUGUUUCCCUAAUAUUUGCCC